AAAAUGUGAACACUAUUCGUCAAAGUUUUCGUCGUCAGCAACAAUCUAUUGAUUGUGUACUUGAUUAUUUCAAUAAUAGUUAUGGUCAAUGUCAAAUUUAUUCACUUCCAUUUAGUGGUACUCGACUUGAUUUUAUUUCAAACCGAUUUCCAAUUUUCGAUGAUAAGAAUACAUUUUUAAAUGUGAAUAUAUUAUUACUUUUCGAUGAUGUAAAACCGUAUGAAGAUGCAUUUUUUAGAGUUAUUGCUCGAGCUUUACCGCACCUCAAAUCACUUGAAGUAAUUAAUCGAUUGGAACAACAAGAAAAAUCAAACACAAUAACAAACUUCAUUAAAUUUACUAAUUUGGUUACACUUAUUUUACCCGAUAUACAUAUAAAUUAUGCUGAACAACUUUUUUAUCGAACUCAUCUUCCACAUCUUGUAGAACUACUUAUCCACUAUGAACCAUUAUUAGUGAUAGUUACUGAAAAUCAACAACAAGCUCGAGUGAAUUGUUGA